AGCUCUAGUAUAGAGGAUGAAGGUAUUGAGCCAAAGUUUGAUGAUAUUCUGAAACUGGUAAACGAUACUGUCAAUCAAGCUUUGAGCAAGAUUGCCAGUAUAUUGCAUCCCACCCCUGGAAUAGAGCAGCCUGAAGGCAAAACACAAUCAUUGAUGAUGAAAGGGUCUCAGAGAAGCGAAUAUCGAGAAAUCUUUGUGGUGUCUAGUAAUCCAUAUAAACUUAGUGAGUGUAACAGCUUUCUUGGGACGUCGCCAACAGAUAGGUUAAAAGCUGCAAGACAAACACGGUUGUGUUUUAAACGUUCGCAAGAAGUGCAUACAAAGGUGAACUGUGAAUCAGUGACCAGGUUUAGUGAUAAGCUAAAUGUGAAAUCAAGGUCUGACUCCGAAUUUUGUGACGAUAAUGGUGCGGUGAAGAAGCCUGUAGUUGCAAGUGGUAAGCCAUUGUUGAAUGGGGCGUCACAGAUGACACAUCACACAAAUGGUGGUAAAGUAAAUAUAUAUGAUAAUGAUCGUGAUAGUGCACUUUUCCCUUUGGUUAAUCAUGAUGAGGUGAGCGGAAUGCCUACUACUACUGAGUUGAACAAAGGUUCUGUACAACUUGAACGUGAAGUAGAAUUAAGAGCAGAAGCGGUGGUAGAAGGUAUGAAUACUCGUGAGACCGUCAGUGUAAAUGAUCAGCGUGUAGCCCACAUAUCGACAGAUGUUGAUGCUGAACUGGAUCUAAUAACAAAAAACAGCAGAGGUGGUAAUCUUGCAGUUAGAAAAACCUCUAAAGCCGAGAAUCAACAGCUUCUGAUGCACAGCUGAGUUCAUCAACUUGUGUCACUCAGUCGUCGUUGGUGUUGUCAUCCACAAUGAGAGAGACGUCCGUGAACUCACGUGUCUUAUGCUAUGACUAUGCUAGUGUCUGCCCGUUUGAAAAGACGAAAGUCAACGGUCAGUUUAGUGGUGAUAAGCCAACUGUGUAUGAGAGGGCAAUUGUUAAACUGGCUUGCACGAAUAAAGGCAUUUCAAGUUUCAAGUUACUAUUUGAAUGU